AUGAUCAACGGGUGUAUCUUCCAGGUCAUUCUCCUGCUGUGCUUCUCCACCAUGGUUCUUUCUGGCAGCUAUAGCUUGCUUCGACUGCAGAAAAGCAGUUUGGCAUGCCAGAAGCUCCUGGCACAAUUGAAUGGAAGGCCUGAACAUUGCCUCAAUGACAGAAUCGACUUCAAGUUACCUGAAAAGAUUAAACACCUGCAACAAUUCCAGAAGGAAGACGCUGCCUUUGCUGUCUAUGAGAUGCUGAAGAACAUCUUGGAAGUUUUCAGAAGGGAUACCUCUAACACUGGAUGGGAUGCAGCCAUCAUCAAAAACCUUUUCACCGAACUUCAUCAGCAGAUGGACCAUCUGGAGACAAUCUUGGAAAGAAAAAUGGAAGAGGAAAAAUUAACCUGGAGAAAUAUCAGGACCAUUCUGCAGGUGAAAAGCUAUUAUUGGAGGAUCUUGAGAUACUUGAAGAACAAGGAGUACAGCAGCUGUGCCUGGACAAUAGUCCGAGUGGAAACCCUCAGGAACUUUUCCCUCAUGAACAGUGUUGCAGAGAGCUUGGAGAACUGA